AUGGCUCCAGUCUCUCUUCACCAGUCGUCACACCCAUUCCUGACACCUGCGCGCGCAUCGGAUAUAUCGUCAUGGACACGAUCAGUACCCGAACGGAGCUCGAGCUCGUCCACUGAGUCUAUUACCGACGCUCAGUCACGCCAAGCUGCCAUCGAAGCCUAUCGACAGAUGAAAGCUGCCCUCUUCUCGAGGUCUCUCCAUCCAAACCUUUCCCGGUCUACCUGA